AUGUACAUAUUGACAUGUACCAAGUCUGUGGUCACCCACCAUCGAAUUCAGAUACCCCAACUUAAACGGCCACAAGCGAAAGCCGACCUCAAGUACGACACAGGAGACAAGAUGCCUUUCUCCAAACUCCAAAAGAACGACGCGUACUUCUCGCGGUACCAAGUCAAGUACAAGCGCCGCCGUCAGGGUAAAACCGACUACUAUGCGCGCAAGCGGUUGAUCACCCAGGCAAAGAACAAGUACAAUGCGCCCAAGUACCGCCUGGUGGUCCGCUUCACCAACAAGGACAUCAUCGCCCAGAUUGUCCACUCCGAGAUUGGUGGUGACAAGGUCUUCAUGGCCGCCUACGCCCACGAGCUGAAGGCUUACGGUAUCACUCACGGCCUCACCAACUGGUCCGCCGCUUAUGCCACCGGUCUCCUCCUUGCCCGCCGCGCCCUCAAGAAGCUCGAGCUCGACAAGGACUUCGUUGGUGUUGAGGAGGCCGAUGGUGAGUUCACUCUUACCGAGGCCGCCGAGGUUGACGGAGAGGAGCGCCGCCCAUUCAAGGUUUUCUUGGAUGUCGGUCUCACCCGUACCUCCACCGGUGCCCGUGUCUUCGGUGCCAUGAAGGGAUGCUCUGACGGUGGUGUCUUCGUUCCCCACUCCGAGAACCGCUUCCCGGGUUACGACAUUGAAGGCAAGGAGCUUGACGCCGAGACCCUCCGCAAGUACAUUUUCGGUGGUCACGUCGCCGAAUACAUGGAGACUCUUGCCGACGACGACGAGGAGCGCUAUAAGUCCCAGUUCAGCGGCUACAUUGAGGACGACAUCGAGGCCGACGGUCUUGAGGAGCUCUACCAGGAUGCCCACAAGCAGAUCCGUGAGGACCCGUGGAAGAAGGAGGAGGGCGAGGGCGCAAAGAAGUCCAAGGAGGAGUGGGCGGCUGAGUCGAAGAAGUACAGGAGCAAGAAGCUCACCAAGGCCGAGAAGGAGGAGCGCGUCAAGGCCAAGAUCGCCGAGAUCACUGGUUAA